AUGAUGGCUAUUGGUAAUGUUUCGAAUCUGACAUCGACAUCAAUUAUUAAUAAUACACCUAUAUCAUCUGCCAAUGCAGGAACUGUAUGCUGCGCAGAAUGAAGUGCCAAAUUUUUGAAUCGCGUAGUGCUUAGAAUACGAUCUACAUAAUGCAGUUGCCCAAGUUUAUUUUUAAAUAACUCGAGUUCCUGUCGACUAAACUUUUGCCCACGAUAUAGUUGAAGCUGAGUUUUGAACUUGUUUUUCAAUUCUCUCUGAUCUUCUUUCAAUUUUGCAUAAAUAAAUUUCAAAAUAUAGCGUAACGAAUAAAUAUUAUCAAAAUUAAGGAGUCGUAGAUUUUUAUUAAUCGUUUGAUAUAGCUGGCAUUGUCUUGUCCACCACCAUAGUGCCUUUUGUGGCUCAAAUUCUUUUUCAAACUCAUCGACAAUUCUCAGCUCAUGACGAUUUUCAUUACAUUCAUUUCUCCAUAAAUUUACAAAUUCGCUUCUGGCUGUUGCAGCUUCUGCAUCAUCCAUACGAACUAAUAUUUCAAUUAAUAGACGGAUCCAUAUGAUAUCAUUUAGAUCAGUUUGAUCAACUGGGUUUUUCAGUGACUCUGAAUGCGUAGGUAGUUUUGAUGAAAGAGCUUUUAUCAAUUCGUCCGCUUGUGUACAAACUUGCCCGAGCUAUAAAACAAUGUAUGAAGCGAAAGAUUCACAUAGAUAAACAAUUUCCCACCACACCACCCACUCUUUCAAGAUACAUGCAAAUAGUAGAAAUAGAGUGUAGAUGUAGGUGAGCAUGUGGGCGUGCAUGAGGGUGUGUUUGUGUUAGCGUGAGGACUUUGAUGUCGAUCGCAAGAAGAGCACUCACAUCCACACUCUUGCUUCUUCAGACUUUCUAACACUGCAUCACUCUAACAUUUGAUUCGUAACUGAUUUCGGCUUUGACAUCAAGACUUUAUUCAAGUUCGACUGAAAAAGUUUUCAGUGCAAUCUCUACGAUAUUAGAAUGCACUAAGAAAUAGCACUGCUUGGUUUUGGCAUGACGGCACUUGUCAUAUUGAUCACGAUUAGCUGUGUGUGAGACCAAGUUCUUUUUGGUCUCGAUCACGAUGUGUAGAAAUCUAUUUCGGAAAUUAUUCGUAUCACAUCUAACAUAAUUCUUCAAUACUUGUUGUUUUUUUUAUUUAUUUAUUUUAAGGCUAGUACUUUUUCGGAUUGUCUCUCUUCAGUCAUAUUCUGAUUCAUGUGAUUUACAAGAUAAUUUGCUUAAAAGAAUAAAAUUUUAUACCACGAACUUGAGUUUCGAUCGCAGCAAUUUUUUUCGUACACGUGACUCUGAUGUCGGUACCGAUAGCCGAUACCAGGAGCAGGAUUGGGGCUGGUUCUGCAACAGGGAUGCCAGAUCUUUCGAUAUGCCAAGAGGAAUGUCAAUUUUUUUAACCUUUUUCUGAUAGUUUUCCGAUCUUCGAAUUUCCUUGUAUGUUUAUCUUUUUUCUGCUUACUCUCUGAGUUUCUAUUUUUUCUGAUUUUCUUUGAUCUUUCCUAGUUUCAAAUCUUUUUUUGAGAAUUCGACUAAAACCAAGCUAUAACUUAUUACUACAUGUACCGUGUGCAGGAUUUUCCGAGCUUGUAAUAUGCAGGGUAAAAUUCAGACUUUUGAACCCUAUUUCUGAUGGCUUUCUAAAAUUCAGAUUUUUCAAUUUUGUUCUAAUUUUGUUUCCACUUUUUUCUUUCAUAUGAGUGCUUUCAAAUUUAUGCAUGCAUAUGAUUAAUUUUUAGCUUUUUAUUUUAUAAGAAUCUGGUUAUGGGCGUGGUUGCAACUUUGGGAUUCACUUUAGAUGGGUAGCGAUGAAAGGAACACAUCCCACAUCUCCACUCAACUAUCCCACUCACGCAUGGCGACUACUACAUCUACUCCUACCCUAACCCUCACACCACCACGUACAUUCUCGCUUCAAUUUAAGCAAGGAAGAGAACAGAAUGUGGUAUGAUUGUCAUCGUCGAAUUUAGUAUUUGUCUCUUUAAUAUCACUUAUUUAUUAGAGAGAUAACUGUGGACGUAGGAAUUGAUGAGUUGCAGAUCAUACCGAUAUGUCGCAUCUAUCCUCUUUUCAAGAUAAUUGAAUGACUUUUGCAUCACUCGAUUUAGGAGAUAUGUGUCUACUCGAAAAUCUUGACAAUUUAGAAGUUUCUUUGAAAAUUUCUUGAAUAUAAAGAAAAAUCUUCUGAUGGUCAAAAAAUGUGUACGAAAUAAAUACAUUGCCUGUAAGCUGAUUCUGUUCUCCCUCGGUUUUAGGCGAUCAACUAAUCAUUAUUAAUUUCAGUAAUUUGAUAUUGACACCGGGAAGCAUUUGAUAAAACAUAAUAAGCUUCAGUAUUGUCAAAACAUAUCAAAUCAUCUCUCUACUUUCUACUCACUUUCGUGUAGUUUUUUGCCCAUUCUUCAUUUCGUAAUUUAUUCGUACAGUAAACGUAAAAUGUUGUUAGCUGUGGUAGAUCGUGCACCUCUGGUAUUAUUUCUCUACCGUAAUUACUUGAAACGAUUAAAAUCACUUGUUUUUUGUCACAUUCUUUAAUAAAUUUUUGUACAUCAUUCACAGUAUCAAAUGUUUUUAAAGUUUCCACGGUUUCGAUCAAUUUUUUCUUAAAGGACAAACUGUAUUUAAUUGUAUUCACAUCAGCAUCCAGCCAAAUGUAGACAGAGGAAUUUGGUAACGUGACUGCUGUUGUCGCGUUCAUGAUAAAUUUUGUUUCUUAUGUAGAAAUAAUUGUUAGCAAGUAUAAUAGUAAGAGAACGAUAAAAUCUUUGAAGAAAAUGAUCAUUUACUUUACUAUGCAGAAUGAAAAAAAAAUGAAAAAGUUGAGCUAAUGAUCAGCUAUGAAAAGAAGGAGACUUUCAGUUCAUCAAUCAGCUACUUGUAAUGUUGACUUCUUUAUCGUUACAAAUGGCGAUAAUCGAUGACAUACUUUCAACACAAUUCAAAGUACGCUUAAAUCUGCCGUUAAAAGAUUGCAAGGGCUCGAUUUGGCUCAAAAAUAGCUAUAGGCAAUUUUAGUCUGGGUUUUGAUCACUUGAGGGUGGAUGUGGGUGUGGGUAUGUCCUCCUUUUCAUCCAAACGUCUCACUCUCAUUCCACAUCUACACGCUGCAUAUAUGUAUUGCGAAGUAUUCGUCGCAACAAUAUAAUCCAACUAUGAAUUGGGGUGUGGGUGUGGGUGGGGUGUGGGUGUGGG